AUGGCGCAGAUGUACGGCGUCCCCGAGUUCUUCGUCACCUUCACCGCGAACGAGACAUGGGCUCUAUGGCUCAGACUGGACUCCUCUUGGUCCGACCUGUGGGCUCUGCCUGCGCUCGGCACCGGGCACCGCCUCGCAUGGGUGUCGUAG